AUGUCUGACACACAAGAAAUUCAUAAUUACCCCUUUGACUCAAUUAUUAAUUUUAAAAAAUCAGGACAUAGUUUUUCAUAUAAAAUUAUAAAAGAAGGAACGUAUCCUAAUAAAUCUUUAUUAGCGUACACUCUUCCUCCUAAUAAAUAUCGAAUCCCUGAUGAUUAUAUGGUAGAAACAACUUGGGGUAAAAGUAAUAAUCGAUGUGUUGUUCAGUGUUUUAUUAAUUACAUUAAUAAUAAACCAGUUUUUCAAAUCUGGUUUGGAAAGUGUUUUGAACAUGUAGUAUCUUCAGUUAGAAGUGCGACGGAUGUUACAAAUUUAUUUCAUAAAGAAUAUACAUCUUUAAAAAAAACAAAAACAUUAGGAAUUUAUUUGUUUGGUCUUCAUCUCAAAACAUUAGAAAUGGCAAGAGAAGGCAAGCGACGUGCACAUAUAUUAAAACCAAUUGACCAAUGUGGAAAUUCCACCCUUACAAAACGUGCUAUGAGUAUUGGAAAACAUAUAUUAGCUGAAUUCAACGAAAAAACACAGAAGCUAUAUAAUUUGGAAGACGUACCAGCAUUGGAAAGUAUAUGUUAUUCUGUUAAUAAAAAACAUACUUUUAAUAUCAGUUACGAGAAUGAAGAUAAAACUAAAAAAAAACAAAAACUUGAAUCAAUAGUUAGAGCAUUAGAUGAAGGCAAUAUUCCAAGAGAUUCUUAUAGACGUCUAUGUGCUAUAGAAUAUAACCUACCACGUGAAGGAGAAAUAUCUAAAGAACGUAUAAAUAUAAAUGAAAUAAUGGUCCAGCUCAUACCAAUAACAAUAGUAGAUAUAAAUACUAAAAGUCAAGUGGAUGAAUCCGAAGGAGUAGAUAUAGAUGAUGAAUCUAUAACACAAGAAGUAAUUAAUGCAGUUGGUAAAGGUGACUAUAGAAAUAUUAAUAAUAUAUUGUAUUAUUUGGUUCCUAACCUUGUUCAAAAAGGCAUCUUGAAUCCAGAUCAGCCCAUAAUUAAUCUUCGAAUCUCUGGAGAUGGGUGA